CACAAUCACAACUCUCUGCAUGUCAUUGUUGAUUGUUUACAGCUCUGAUUUGUAGCCUGAACUGUUGUUUUUUUUUUCUUCAUUUUUACUGUUUUAACAUUAAGCUUCUGAAUUCAACUUCUGCAUAAAAGUUGCAACAAAAUCAUAUUUUAACUUUAUUGGGGUGAAACUUCUAUUUCAAUCAAAGAAGCAUAUUUUUCAUUAUAACACAGUUUGACGGUGUAAACAUCAUAAAAAAUACAAAUACAAGCUUCUGUGUGAGAAAACUUCAAUCAUAAAUCCAUCAGGCGUCCUCCCCAUUACACCUCCUCCCGCCCCUCUUCCUGAUUGGCUCCCGUCUAACAAACGUUCCACCCAUGCUGCCUGUGAUUGGUCCACUGAGCCGUCCGUCACCUUGGGAGCGCCCGGCUCUGGCUUUGGGCAGAGACGCACCGCUGCUCCCCUUCUAUGCUGUUUAGUGCGUCGAGCGGCGGAGGAAAGUGGAGUUUGCGCGUCUUGUUGUGCGUCCGUGGACCAACAGCAGCAACAGCAGCAGCAGCAGCAGCAGCAGCAGCGGUGCGCUUUUUCCUCCUCCAGACCUGCAGGCAUCCCGGGGAGCAGCCACGCCGCGCAUGCCUCGGACACCAGGCGGAGGAGGAUACUUUGCUUUUUUUUUUCUUCUUCUUCUUCUUCUUCAUUAUUUUUGACUGAUUGAGACAUACAUAUCUUUCAUUUCCCUAAUGGUAACCAACACCGAGCAGCCGGAGACAUGUGGAAUAAUCUGGGGAAACUGCACCGCUUCUCACUAGUGUGCCUUCUCCUGACGCUGUGCGCUGAGGUGUCUCAGUCCACGGGUUAUUUCGAGCUGCAGUUGAUUUCGGUGGAAAACCCCAAAGGUCAGCUCCUGAACGGCGACUGCUGCGACGCGGAGAAGAGCGCGGCUGAGGGCCACUGCGGCGCGGACGAGUGCGACACCUACUUCAAAGUGUGUUUAAAGGAAUAUCAAGCGGAGGUCACGACUGGUGGACAGUGCACGUACGGCUCGGAAACUACUAAGGUUAUCGGUGGGAAUACUUUUCAGCUCAAAGGCGGCCAGAAAACCGGACAGAACCGAAACAACGAUGCGGGGAAGAUCAUCAUUCCCUUCCAGUUCGCGUGGCCGCGAGGGUACACUGUGAUAGUGGAGGCGUGGGACAGGGACAACGGCACACACAGUAAUGAUGAUGAGCUGCUGAUUGAACGCAGCAUCUACAAAGGGAUGAUCAACCCCGGCGAGGAGAAGCAGACGGUGGAGUACAAAAGCUUGAUCGCCAACCUCGAGUACACCAUCCGUGUGCGCUGCGACGAACACUACUACGGCAGCAAGUGCAACAAAGUUUGUCGUCCCCGCGAUGACUACUUCGGCCACUACGUGUGCGAUCAGUUAGGGAACCGUGGCUGCAUGGAGGGCUGGACAGGAGCGGACUGCAAAACAGCCAUCUGCAAACAAGGAUGCAGCCUCCUGCAUGGGACGUGCAACGUGCCGGGGGAAUGCAAGUGUAACUACGGCUGGCAGGGUCCCUUCUGUGACGAGUGUUUGCCGUAUCCCGGCUGUGUCCACGGUACCUGCGACGAGCCCUGGCAGUGCACCUGUGAGAAGAACUGGGGAGGCCUGCUUUGUGACAAAGAUCUGAACUACUGUGGGACCAACCGGCCCUGUAAGAACGGAGGGACGUGCAUGAACACAGAGCCAGACGAAUACAACUGCGCCUGUCCAGACGGCUACUCUGGCAAGAAUUGCGAAAUCGCUGAACACGCCUGUGUGUCCAACCCCUGUGCCAAUGGAGGGACGUGCCAUGAAGUCCCGUCAGGUUUCGAGUGUCACUGUCCGGCGGGCUGGUCAGGGCCGACCUGUGCUAAAGACACAGAUGAAUGUGCCUCCAGCCCCUGUGGUCAGGGUGGGACCUGCAUCGACAUGGAGAACGGCUUUGAAUGCCUCUGUCCUCCGCAGUGGACGGGCAAAACCUGCCAGAUAGACGUUAAUGAGUGUGCGAUGAAGCCUUGCCUCAAUGCUUACUCUUGCAAAAACUUGAUUGGUGGAUAUCACUGUGCCUGCUUUCAUGGAUGGGUGGGCCAGAACUGUGACAGCAAUAUGAACAGCUGCCAUGGACAGUGUCAGAAUGGAGGGACCUGCAAGGAGGUGGCCAGAGGCUACCAGUGUGUUUGCCAGCCGGGUUUCGUGGGUCGACACUGCGAGAUUCAGAGGAACCGCUGUGCUAGCAGCCCGUGCAGGAACGGCGGUCGCUGCCAUGCUCUGCUGGAUGGAUUCAUGUGUGAAUGCCCGCAGGGCUUCGCUGGCACAACCUGCGAGGUGCAGAACGACCCAUGCAGCCCAAACCCGUGUCACAACAAGGCCCAGUGCCACAGCCUGAUGGGAGAUUUCUACUGCAGCUGCCCAGACGACUACGAAGGCAAGACCUGUUCAGAGCUUAAGGACCACUGCAAGACCAACCAGUGUCAAGUGAUAGACAGCUGCACGGUUGCUGUGGCAACGAAUGACACCCAAAAAAGGGUGUGGCACAUCUCAUCCAAUGUGUGCGGGCCCCACGGCCACUGCAUUAGCUUGCCUGCCGGGAACUUCAGCUGCUCCUGUGAACCAGGAUUCACUGGCACCUACUGCCAUGAGAACAUCAAUGACUGUGCAUCAUCCCCAUGUAAGAACGGAGGCACCUGCAUCGAUGGGAUCAACUCCUUCCAGUGUUUCUGUCCAGACGGUUGGGAGGGCAGCCUGUGUGAUGUUGAUGUGAACGAGUGCAGCAGGAAUCCAUGUCAGAACGGAGGCCAGUGUGUCGAUCGGCUCAACGACUUCUACUGCAACUGUGUAGACAACUGGAAAGGAAAGACUUGCCACUCACGUGAGAGCCAGUGCGACUCCACUACCUGCAGUAAUGGAGGGACGUGUUACGACCACGGAGACUCCUUCCUGUGUAGCUGCCCCUCAGGCUGGGGUGGCAGUACCUGCAACACAGCCAAGAACAGCACAUGUGACUCCGGUCCGUGUGAGAACGGAGGGACGUGUGUCGGAGGAGGAGAUGCCUUCACCUGCAUCUGCAAGGACGGCUGGGAAGGACCCACCUGUGCACAGAAUGUUGAUGACUGUAAUCCACAUCCCUGCUACAACGGCGGCAUCUGUGUGGACGGCGUGAACUGGUUUCGCUGCGAAUGCGCCCCAGGAUUCGCCGGACCGGACUGCCGCAUCAACAUAGAUGAGUGUCAGUCGUCUCCCUGCGCCGAAGGUUCGACCUGCAUGGACGAAAUCAACGGCUACCGCUGCGUUUGUCCUCCUGGACACGCUGGACCUCGCUGUCAAGAGUUCAUCGGACUUGGGAAGUCGUGUCGUCACGCCGGCCUGCAGUUUCCUCACGGCAGCCGGUGGGAGGAAGAGUGUAACGCCUGUCAGUGUGUCAACGGAUACGUGCGCUGCUCCAAGGUGAGGUGCGGUCGCCGGCCCUGCCUCCUCCCGAAGGCUCUUCCUCCUGCCGACACGAACCCUCCGUCGUGCCCCGGAGGUCACGAGUGUGUGGAGCACCAGUUCCUCACCUGUUUCUCGCCGCCCUGCCACCAGUGGGGCGUGUGUUCAACGCCGGACCCCCCGACUCCCCUGCACACCCAGUGUGAGCCCAACAGCGGUUACCUAGACAACAGCUGCGCCCGCAUCACGCUCAUCUUCAAAAAAGACAAAGUGCCAGAGGGCACCACAGUGGAGAACAUCUGCUCUGAGCUGAGGUACCUCCCUGUGACUCAGACGCUGGCGGAAGAGCGAGGGCUGCUCAUCCUCUGUGACCUGUCCUACUCCAACAGUGACGCCGUGGAGGUCGCAAUGUCCUUCGAGCAGGACGGGCGGUCGAAGGACAGCAACCGCGGACAGAUUCAGAAGGCGGCCAACGGCAUCAUCGGUGCGUUAUCCAAACGGCAGAACAGCACCAUCAUGCUGGCUGUAGUGGAGGUCAAAGUGGAGACCGGAGUGGAGCCGCAGUCUGAUGGUUACCUGGUCCCCGUGCUGUGCGUCGUCUUCAGCGUCCUCUGGAUCUUCUGCAUCGUCGUUUGCGUCUGGUGGACCCGCAAGAGGAAGAAAGAGCGCGAGAGAGCCACCAGAUCCGAGGACACGACGGUCAACAACCAGCUGGAGCCGCUGCGGAGCAACGCCCCCAAAGACAACCGAGACAAAUACAUUCAGUACGAAUGCAAGAAACUGAUGGGCCCGUCCGACAGGAUGUGCGACGGGGCCGAGGGCGAGGAGGAAGGGGAGCAGGAGGUGGAGCAGGAGGAUGAUGAGGAGAGGGCGCUGGGCAUGGGGGAGAAGUGUCCAACUCAAAAAUGCUCCAUAGUGGGGGCGCAGGACAGGGGGAUGAUGGGUAAGGGAGGGGUCAUCUGCACGGCGCGCAGCGGUCCGGCCAAGGCGCCGCACCGGACAGCGUACAGCCCCAAAGACAACCGGUGUAAAAACCUGAACGCCGCCAAGCUCAGCGAGGACAUUAAAGACCAUUAUGUAUGAACCCAUGAGAGGAGGAGGGACCUGCCUGAAUCAAAGAAAAAACUGCGAUGUCUUCAAUGUCUCAGACAUUUCAACUUUUAAAAGCACCAAAAGUGAAGAUUACAGAUGCUUUAAUUUUCUAUUUUUGUUUGUCACACCUUAUUUAACUUCUUCGUCUGCAGCACGGAGGCUUAUUUUACCAAAAAAACAACCAAAAAAAAUACAGAAAAACAAAAACAAACACACAAAAAAAAAAAAAGACACGGAAAAUAAACAUCACAGCUUCUGCAUCGCUGGAUUUUUUCAUUUUAAUCGUCACAUUGUUGGAAUCAAGAGGACUUUUCUUUUCAGUGCUCCUGAUUUUUUUUUUUUUUUUUCCUGUUUACAAACUGCCUCGUCAGAACUAACACUCACCUUUCUUUUUGACCUUUGAGAUCUAACUGAACGUCAUUGGCUGGCAGCUUUCGUUUCUACUGUUUGGUGCAUUCGGUUCCUGUUUGCCUUAGCCCAAACCCUGCGGGCCUUUUCUACACUGUCUGGAUAUCCUGUUUUUUUUUUUUUUUUAAUGUAAAAUACUAAAAAAAAAAAAGAGGUUUUAUAUACAUUUAUGUCCUUUGAAAGUUGGCACAGAGAAUCCACUGUAUGAUACCUUUUACUGUAUGAGCAUUUUUUUUGUUUACAUUCAUAAGCAUCUUUUCCAUAUUGUGUUAAAGCUUAAAGGUUCUCACGUACAGUAUAUCCUUUCAAAAUAAUUGUGUCACUGCUUCCUGCGAGUCUAUGUGAUGAUUUUUCAGUAUUUGCUUUGGUAGAAAAGUGCCUUCAGCUCUUUAUUUUUUUUUUUUCUCCUCUUCUCUCCUCCUGUAGAGUUUAUGCAGAAUUUAAAUACAUAUAAAGGGAAAGAUGUCCUAGUAACAACUCUUCAUACAACAGUAAAGGUUAUUUUCUUUGCAAUGUACAUAUGUAAAUAUGAAAAAAUGGCUGUGUAUAUUUGAAUUUAGUAACUUAAGUGAUGCUUUGUAUCAUAGUUAUUCUAAAGAAUAAGAUUGUUUUGUGGUUGUUGUUUUUUUUUUAUUUUUUAUGAUGUCAUUCCGUUUAUUAGUGUCUAUUGACACUAUGACAGGUUUUAUACAGAGUUUCGGACUGUGUCCAGGGUCCCACUGAAUCAUGAGUGUUGGUUUCACACGAAAAACAGUUCAUGAUCGUCUGUCUUGAUGUGUUAAUGAUUAUUUGUUACAGCUGUUUAAGAACACAAAUACAGAGUUUGGAGAGCUGUUUUGUUACGCCUGCCAAUCAUUGUGAGAGGUUGUUAGGAUCUGAGCAGCUACGGUUUCAUUCAGUAAUCAAUGCAGGCUGCGCUAAUUAUACAAACCUCCCUCCCAGCGAAAAAAUAUUCUGUGCAAUUUAAUGAAGACUUCCCAGAGUGAAAUUUGAAAUGUCAAGAGAUUCUUCUGAUCCCCAAAGAAACUCAUUUAAACAGUUUAAUUCUUUAUAGUGAGUUGAAGUAUCUGAGUUUAAAUUAUUUUUUAAAAAGCUCCUCUACACUCACAAGUCACACGGGCUACCCAACUUUAUUAAUUUCAAUUGCUAGCUCCAGUAUCUGAGUGUGCAAAUAUUGUUUCAAGAGCCCCUUCUACACCCACAAGUCCUAAAUCAUGUGUGGCACCCUUCCAAAAAACAAAUCGAAACAUCAUUGAUUUCAGUGUUUUUGUUUUUUUUUUCAAGUAACCCAGGCUCUAAAUCAUGUUUUUUCGCUCAGUCCAACGGCAAUUCUUGGAGAAAUACUGUAGGUCUUAGAGCUUUUUUUCCACAUUUCAUGCUGGUGUAUGUAUGUAUGUAAAUAUUAAAACACCCUGCUGUCAUCCUGCAUAGUGAUGGGAAUUCUGGCUCUUUUUAGCGAGCCAGGUCAUUUGGCUCAGCUCAGCAGAUAAGAGUCUCUUUCAGCUCCCAAACGGCUCUUCAUUUAAAUACCAUUUCUGGCUUUUAUAAUUCAGCCAAAUUUUAGCAAUGUUUUGACCUAUGAUUGGUAUGUGUGCACAUAUAUCUCUUUAAAUUAUUCAAUGUAAUUAUGCUAAACCUUAUCAUUUCCAGAAUACCAUCAUUUUACAUUAUGUUUGGUAUAAAAACCUUAAAUAAUGUAAAAAAAAACAUCAAAACACACGUUUUAUUUAUAUUGAACUAUCCAAAACAGUGUCAGGCCAGUGUUAAAAAUACUAAAUGAAAUGUGUAAAUCAAAGACAAGAUAGGGCAGCUACAGUCCCUCAGAACUGUAGACCGUCAGCCCCCCCCGCCCCCCCACCCAACCCCCCCAUGCCUGCUUUUAACCUGGUGGUACGAUCUCUGUCUGUCAUCACACGCAUCAACACAACAUUCAGUCAGUGCAUGGAGUGCGCGGGGCCGAGCAGUGUGGCGAAAAGAUCAUCCUGUUAUUCUGUCUUGUAUUAAUUUACAAAAAAAAUAAAAGAAAGAAAGAAAUUGGCUCUGAGACAGGAGCCCAUCGUUGACUUAGAGUCAGCUCAUAGAGCCGACUGAUGCAUCACUGAUCCUGCAGAGUAACACUGAGCGACCUGGUAGCCGUCAGCUGACCUCCUUCAGAUGAAAAAUUUCGAUUUUGCUCAGUAGUAUCGUGGAAAAUUGCUUAAGCUGUGUCCAAAAAUCACUCCCUCAUUGACGUAUUUAAUAGUCCUUACAUUUAAAACAGUUACUUAACAGUGAGCUAAAUAUUGAGAUUUAUAACACAUAAUUUUUGUGUCACAUCAGACAAGUGAAAAUUAGAAAUCUGUCGUGAAAUUAGAGGUCUGUUAUAUCAGAAGCAAAGGUGAGGUAUUGUGCAAUUUCUAGGAGAAAAGUUACAUAAUGUACAUGCUUUGGCCACUAAAUUUUAUUUAUUCCAUUUUGGGAAUUUUUGUAUGUCUUUGAGUGUACAUUAUACUAAAAAACACACUCAAGGAUAGGGUUAGGGUUAGGGAUGAGGUUUAGGGUAAGGCUUAGGGUUAGGGCUAGGGUUAGGGGUUAGGGUUAGGGUUAUGGUUAAAAAAACUUUUAAUUUACCAUUACUUGCUCUAAAUUAGGGACUCCAAAUGGAGAGUCGCGUCGUAAACCAGUACUGAUGCAUCUGAUCGCUAUUUUCAGUACACAUUUACGGGUCACAGGGUCCAAACAAAGCACUGCUGCCGGUCUCUCUUCAGCCACGCUCGUACUUCAAAGUUAUAAAUUCACCAUUUUACAAUCUGGUGACAGCAGAGAUUCCACACAGGGCAGCGGGGUGUUUAGUGAGUAUGAAAACCCUUUCAUCAUCCACCCUGCUGAGGUGCCCUUUAGCAAGACACUGAAUCACCAUCACAGACAAAUCAAAGAGUGUGUGGUUUGAUUGGGAAUCUCACGGUGGAUGAGUGUGUAUCCUAAAUUAUUUUCCCUGUUUUUAGCCCUGCCUCUCCUCCUCGUGUAUCUAUUCUGGUCUAAUGAAGGGAACAAGUUGUAUUGUUGUUCAUGUUGUUGACUGUUGUGGUUGUUGUCCAGUGUUUGUAAAGAGUCUGUUUCUGCACUAAGAACACACAGGAAGAGAUAAACAUUUAGCAUUACCUCCACAGCGGUAGUGAGAAAAAAAAAAAGAGUCAAAUAUUGUCACUAUUUGUGGAUGAACAUUAUGUUUUCAAUAUUUUAUGUUUUUGUUAAUAAUGCUGAUGCAAAUCAUGGAAAACUCUAAUUCAUAUUCUGUCAGUAAAUUUUACAUUGUGUUAGCCCCAGAGGACGGGCUGAAUGUGCAGAACAUUGUAAUUAUUUUGUACAAAAUUUGGUAAAAGUCUUGGUUUGUUAGUGGAAUUUUUUUGUUUGUUCUUAGAACAAUCCUAUUAUUUAUUAAAGUAUUUUAUACCAAA